GUGGUCAGCUCGGCUGCUCUGGGUGGAGUGAAGUUUUAGAGACAAUGUACUAUAACAAAUUAGCCAAGAGGACUGCACUAUGGCUGAGUGAAAAACACUCAGAGAACUGAAAACACCUCUUAAAAACACAAACCAGGUCGAGAGCUGAGAUGAGUGAUGUGAGUGAAGACGCGCUGCUGGAUUAUUUCUACUGCACCGGAGGCAACUCAGGCAGAGUGAAAAAUGCAGAAAUACUGAAGACAUUUAAGCCUUUUAUUGGCCACAGUGACUCGCAGUUGCGUGCUAAAUACAGAGAGGAAUUCAAGCUCAUCAUUGACCGAAUCGCUGUGGUGAAGUCGGAGAACGGUGAGAAGUAUCUAGUGCUGAAGAAGAAAUACAGACAGAUGCUGCAGGACCGAGACGUCAAAACCUCCGGGGCAAGAGGGGACGACCAGAGACAUCCUCCCGCCGCGGUGGCGUGGGACUCGACAGGCACGUCGACUUCUCCCGCUCGCCUUAAAGAAGAACAGGAUGAGCCCAUGACGUGCGGAGAGGCUCACUCUGCUGCGGAGCACACAGCUCCUCUGCAGCUUCCUGUCAUCCAAAUCCAUGUGACGUCAGAGCAGAGCAACGGAGACGAUGAGCUGGAUAAAGAUUCAGGAUCUAAGUCCGAGUCCGAGCAAGACGAGGAGAGUACGGGCAGUAUGGGCUCUGCUGCCGUCGCUCUGGAUCCGAUAGAGAAGGAGUGGAUCUACUCUGCUGCCGGUGCUCGGGUCCCUGACCUCUCUCAGCUUCUCAGACAGGACCCCACGCUGGCAAAUAAGAAGCAGUUUGUGUUGUACACCGCUCUGCACUGGGCUGCCAAACACGGCAGUGAGGACAUGGCUACUCUGGUGGCUAACGCCGGAGCUGACGUCAACACCAAAUCAGUGAGUGCAUUUACUCCUUUACACAUCGCAGCGUUACACGGUCACCAGCACAUUCUAGACCUGCUCACGGGAACAUAUGGUGCCAAAGAAAACUUGAGGGACUACAGCGGCCAUCUUGCCUGCCAUUAUCUGAAAAUCAAAGAACCAGAGGGUCCAGAAGAAGACUGCGAGAUACAGUUUCAAGUCACUCAGGCCAGAGAGCGAAACAGGAACAGGAAGUUGGUGUCGUUGUUCCACUCUAAGAAGAAAUGGGGCUCGGCGGAGGAUCUGGCUCCCAUCGAGGAGGAGAGGACGGCGUCUCAUCAGCUCACCCUUCCUCCGUUCAGACCCAGGAAGUUCUCCCGCUGAGGGAACGCGGGGGAACGUCUCUGACUGCUACACUCACACAUCCACCAGGUCCUCACAAUCACUCACAUGUAGCUACACACAGAGUGUAAGCCUACAUGUAUGUACAAAGUGUUAACACAAAUCAUGUAACCAGGAUCAUACACGUUCUGCCAUCGCACCACAACAGCUUCAUGAUUACUGAACAAACAUGCCUUCAUAUGGAGAUGUUACAGAUGAUGCUUCGUCUUUAUGUGUAUCGUCUAUCUGAAUGCUCACCACUAAAGUAUUUCUUGAAGCCUUUAAAAUGUUAGAGCUAUUGCUAAAUGUUACUUUUGCCUUAAUGUUUCUAAAUCAGCUCAGGCCAAAAUGUUUCUUUGGGAGCAGCUCUGCAAACGUCUCCAUGUGAUUUAAUUCAUCUUUCUUUACCAUCUGAAAACACCACCGCACCUUCGGCAGCACUGCAUCCUAAAGACAGGUCACUAAUAGAUUUUUUGGAUUUAAAAAAAAAAAGGAAUACAAAGUGCAUUGGUUUGGAUUUUUUUUAAGCUGCAGCUUUGAUUUUUCUUGCAACAGGACGUUGUGUGUGUGAUGGAGUCAAAGUAAGCACAGUGUCCAUGUUGAUCAUGAAGAAGGAACAUGUUACAGAGUGGAUAAAGUGUCGCUUUAUAACGUGUUUCUGGAUUCAUUUAGAGCCAGCAGUAAAGACGCAUCAGGCCUUAAAAACACAGACAGCAAAGCGAGUUACUUUUGUUCUUUAAACUUUUUUCGGAAUUUGUUCUCCGAAUGAAAAACGUAGAAAAUACAGACUCAUCUGUUUAAAAAUGCAUUUUAAGAUUUUAUUUCUUGGGCUUUAAAAAAAAUUAUUUAUAUGUAAAUCUCUUGAAUUUUCAGUAACCACAAAGUUUUAGAUUGAUUUGCUACGUAGUGAUUUAAAUUCUGGUCACUACAGCAUCAGAAUCAGUUGGUGGAGAAUGUGGUGGUCAGAAUUAAAUUUUCACUGAGAGGAUUAUUUUGAAAUCACAACUUCACUCUCAGCUGAAGGAAAAGUAUUAGCAUACGGAGGAGGGUUAAAACGAAGGUCGUUUCAACGUUUUUGAUACUAAUGCUUUAAAACGACAGUCUCCUUUGUUUGUAAUGAGGGAUCGUAUCAAAGUACCAAAGCUUUAAAAAAACAAAAAAAAAACACUGAACACCUUUAGUCAUAGUUUGAACCAAAACGUGCCACGAGAGAGAAAGAGACAAAAAAACAUUGCCAAAGUUUUUCUAUAAAUAUAGAGUAUUUAGAGUGUGCAGGACUUGGUGAUUAAAAAAGAGAAAUUUGAUGUGCUUAGGACUUUUAUUUUUGUUUAUACUAAUGUCAUACAGUAUGGAAGUUUAAAAAUGUGGUGUUGUAACGACCUGAGUGAAAACAUUAUGUUUCACUUUCUAAUGGAGUUUAGACAUUUGACUGUUUUUUUUUUUGUCCUGUAGAAGAAAAAAAAACAUCAACCGCCUCCUGUUGAUCAAGCUCGCAUCAAAGGCUCAUAUGUCGGGGGCGUCGGGAGCCUAGUGGUUAAUGCGCGUGCCCAAUGAUCAGAGACUUAAGUCCUCGAGAGCGGGCGGGUUUGAAUCCGGCCUGUGGCUCAUUUCCCUGCGUGUCAUUCCCCCCCCCCCCCCCCCUCUCUCUCUCUCUCUCUCUCUCUCUCUCUCUCUCUCUCUCUCUCUCUUUCCCUGAUUUCUGAUUCUAUUCACUGUCGUAUCUCUAAAAUAAAGGGAAUAAAAAAAGACCCCCAAAUAAA